AUGAGCAAAUCUGUCAGAAGGGGAGAAAUAUAUUUUAACGGGGUUUUUAAAUACUAUAAGAAGAAAAGCUUGCCAGUCCGUGACGAUGCUGGUUAUGGGGACAUUUCAACAGAGAGGGGAUACUUGCGCGCAAUAAGGGAGAAAAAUAGUACGCAUAAAAUAGGAAGGAAGCGGGAAAAGGUUAAUCACGCGGAGGAGGACUUGGACUGGGACGAGGAUGUUGGCCCGGAGAUAGACAAGAUGAGCGAAGCGGACGAAACUGAUCAAGAGCGAGAAGACGAACAGGAAGAAGAGUACGAGAAGGAGCUGGAAGAAGAGCGGGGGCACAAACCAGAACGACUGCAAAAAAGAGGGGAAAAACCGAGAGAGCAACCUCGAGAACGAUCAAGGGAGCAGAACAAGGGCCCCCCAAAACUCACCGCUAUAACAAGCGACGCUGUGGAGGCACCCGUGAGAAGGCUUUUCCCCGAUGGAAUAUUAAAAAAACGGAAUAGGUCUUACAUAAAAAGGAGUAAAAAGAAAAUAAACGGAGAGAAUUGUAAACAUAAGUAUGAACUGCCCACUAUCGCUUCCUUGGGAAAGGUCAAAAAAUUAAAUUAUUUAAACUUUGAAAUUAACGAAGAUGAAAUGACCAAGCAGGAAAGGAUGCUUCUCGAUAAUUUAUCAAACGUGUGCUUUGGCAGUAGCGUUCUGCACACCGUUGCCCAGCCACGCAAAAAGUUGAGGCGUAAAAAGGGAAAACCUUGCCCAUAA